UGGCUCCAGGCUGAGGGUUGGGGCCUCCCUCUUUCCCAGGUACCCUCCUUCCCCCAGGAGGAAGCUCCCCCUCCACCCCAGGCAUUUGUCCAUUGAUUUGGACACAAAUGCACCGGUCACCUUCCUGUGGAAAAAUCCGGCCCUCGGACUUUAUCUGGAGGGUGUGGUAGCUGAGGCACCUUGCCUUGGGUGGGACCUUCCCCCUUUGCUAUUUCAGGCUCUGGGGGCUGCAGGAAGCCCUAGGAGGGGCUUCCUCUGGGCGUAUUUUUAGAGGAACAAAGGGUGGCCUGAGUGGCAGGUCCCUCUGUGCAUGAGUCUGGCUGAGGACAGGGGCUCCAGGAGGUCAGGGGCACCCAAGGAACAAGCUCUCCCCCUCUCUCUUCUGUCAUUGAGACCUGAGGUUUCUUUUUUUUUUUUCCCCUUGGCUCACUGCAAUCUCCUACAUCUGGGUUCAAGUGAUUCUCCUGCCUCAGCCCCCCAAGUAGCUGGGAUUACAGGCAUGCGCCACCACACCUGGAUAACUUUUCUGUUUUUAGUAGAGACAAUGUUUCGCCAUGUUGGCCAGGCUGGUCUUGAACUCUUGGGCUCAAGCGAUCCGCCCACCUCGGCCUCCCAAAGUGCUGGGAUGACAGGUGCGAGCCACUGUGCCUGGCCCGAGACCUGAGGUUUCUUUACCCGAGCUCCCAGCAUGAGCAGGAAGAGCUGGGCCUCAUCUGACCUCCAAAGAGCAGGCUCAGAUCCCGCCCUCCUCAGCCUGGGUACACGGCAAGCCCGCGAUGGUCAGGGAGCCCGGGAGGGCAGAGCUGACCCUGUGCGGAUGGCUCCAGUGGGGGUGUUGGUGGCAGAGAGGCAGAGCCCUGGGGAGGACUGUGUGUAGUUUGGCUUUGGUGCAGGAUGGAGAGGGCCCACCCGUGGGUGCCCUCUGGGAGCUAAGGGUGGUUCCCUGUGUCCUCUGUCCUGGCUGGGUAUAGGGAGGUGGGCAGGGGAGGAACUGAUGUGGUUGACCCUCCUUUUGGGGCCGUGAGAGCCUAGUUAGUGAUGACUCAGGCCUGGACCACACCAGGAUGGUCACAGCUGCAGUGCAGCUGAUCCUCGUGGUGACAGGGGACAGCCCCCAAACAGACAGGGCGGUCAGCAGUGCCAGGCUCUGGAGGUGGUGGCAGACCCGGGCCCUCCAUCCCCUGCUCCCAGCCCAUGUCCCGCCCCCAUCUGGAGGGCUUUGGGGGCGAAGAGCAGGUGAAGGGUGACAGUGGCUGAGAGCCAGUUGGGGCAACAGUUCUGCAGGAGGCGGCUGUGUGGGGCGACAUGAUCCCUGUGGGGGCUUCCAGGCACCCCUGGUUCUUAUUCCUCUCGAAGCUCAGCAGCGCUGUCCUGUGUUCUGGGGCCGGGACUCCUCCCUGUCCCCCCAGCCCUGGGUCCUGGGGCAGGGCAGGGCCUUCUAGCAGCUUCCUUCCUUCCUUUCUUGGGACGGAAACCCAGCUGGGUGGGGGGCGCCGGACUGGAGCCUUUGGGGGAGUGGGCUCAGUCAUCACCCUGCUCCCCAAAGUGACUCAGCCCCCAUGUCCCACCCAUCCCUGGGGAGCCAGGGCCUCUGAGGGAGGUAGAUAAGUCGAGUGGGAGCCUGGGUCGGCCAGAGAGCUCAGGCCACCCUGGCUGGACACCCGCUGCCACUGUCCUGCUGUCAUGGCACGCUCUGGGAGUGCCACGCCACCUGCUCGGGCUCCAGGAGCCCCUCCACGGACCCCAUCCCAGGGAAUGGUACAGGAUGUUGGUGGGCCCCUGAGGGAGCUUCGCCCUCGGCUCUGCCACCUGCGAAAGGGACCUCAGGGCUAUGGGUUCAACCUGCACAGUGACAAGUCCCGGCCCGGCCAGUACAUCCGCUCUGUGGACCCGGGCUCCCCUGCUGCUCACUCUGGCCUCCGCGCCCAGGACCGGCUCAUUGAGGUGAAUGGGCAGAAUGUGGAGGGGCUGCGCCAUUCCGAGGUCGUGGCCAGCAUCAAGGCCCGGGAGGAUGAGGCCCGGCUGCUGGUGGUGGACCCAGAGACAGACGAACACUUCAAACGGCUUCGGGUCACCCCCACCGAGGAGCAUGUGGAAGGUCCUCUGCCAACACCCAUCACCAACGGGACCAGCCCUGCCCAGCUCAAUGGUGGCUCUGCGUGCUCUUCCCGGAGUGACCUGCCUGGUUCAGACAAGGACGCUGAGGAUGGCAGUGCUUGGAAGCGAGACCCCUUCCAGGAGAGUGGCCUCCACCUGAGCCCCACAGCGGCCGAGGCCAAGGAGAAGGCCCGAGCCACAAGAGUCAACAAGCGUGCGCCACAGAUGGACUGGAACCGGAAGCGAGAGAUCUUCAGCAACUUCUGAGCCCCUCCCUGCCUGUCUCGGGGCCCUGGGACCCCUCCUGCACGGACCUUGGGCCUCAGCCCGCCCCGAGCUUCCCAAGCCUCAGUGGACUGGCAGUUGCCACUGCCCAGAAAUCAGCCCCAGCCCCCGUGAGCCCCCAUCCUGCCCUUGCCUGCUAGGUAUUGGGGUCCUGUGGCAGCAAGAUAGGGGGAGAGAGACCCAGAGAUGUAAGAGAGACAGAGAGAGGGGCAGAGAGAGAGAGGGAGACAGACAGAGCAAGAGAGAGAGAGAGAGAGAGAGAGAGAGAGAGAGAAAGAGAAAGCGAGCGAGAGCACGCACGCGGUGGCCACAGGGUGAGGGCCUUUGCCGCUCUGCUGGGCCUGCUGACUGAAAGGAAUUUGUGUUUUUGCUUUUUUUCCAAGAAGAUCUCCAGCUCCACAUGUUUCCAUUUAAUACCAGAGCGCCCCCUCCCCUCCCCCUUGGGACGCCCUCUAAAUAAUUGCAAUAAAACCUUUCUCUGCAAACCAUUUCCUCCCCGGCCCCCCACCCCCUACCCCUGCCGGCCUCAGCAGUGGCUGUCCUGAGCGGGAGUCCCUGAGACUUCUGGUGGCUGAGCUGGGGCCCCCAGCCUAUUUGUGGGGACCUUGGGGUAAGGCCAGGGAGGCUGGAUGUGGCCAUAGGAGCUGCCCGCCCUGGUGUGGGGGUCCCUAGGCCAGGCCCUGCUCCCCACCCAGCUACCCUGUACGCCUCUGCCUUGCUGGGGAUCUGGAGUGCAGGGCCUGGGCUCUCCGAGGGGCCCAAGGAUGGAGGCCCCAUGUCCCCUCAGAGGACGGCCUCUCUACGGGCCCCUCAUUCUGCACGGCAGCUCCCAGGCCUGGGGAAUGUAGGUGUGUGAGUGCGGCACCCAGGAAGGACUUCAGGCCUCUGGCUCAGCCCUGCCUGGCGGGCUCCCCCGUGGACAUCCUGUUGACUGCUCUUCCCUUCUGGGCCCACACCCCUGAACUGACUGAUCGACUGGCACCACUGUUGCCUCGUAAGCCAUAGCGCAUGCGCGCCCUCAGAAUAAAUAGGCCCUAACUGGGACCGA